AUGCUCGUGAUAAAAGCUCUUGUGACGUCUCUGUGUGCUGGCUCUGCCGCCGCCGCCUCCUGCGACCCAAGAAAAUGGACGCCUUCGACUGAUGGGGUUUACAACACGUCAAGCCGUGUGGUCCCGGACAAGUUAAAUGUGCAUCUUAUUGCACACUCGCAUGACGAUCCUGGAUGGAUCAUAAAUGUGGAUCAAUACUACGUCCAGAGAUUUAUGUUCGUAGAACAGUCGUUCUUCCAGCGCUGGUGGCACGAACAGGGGUCUGAAGUACGUAACGUCGUCAAGCAGCUCGUGCGUGAAGGUCGCUUGGAUCUUACAGUCAAUGGUGGAUGGUGUAUGCACGAUGAAGCUACACCGCAUUACAUUGCCAUGGUGGAUCAGACGUCGUACGGUCACCAGCUACUCAUGGAUGAAUUCGGUAUCAGUCCGCGUAUAGGGUGGCAAAUUGAUCCGUUUGGACACUCGGCCACACAAGGCUCACUACUGUCGCAAGGUAUAGGCUUCGAUGCUCUAUACUUUGCUCGUAUUGACUACCAAGACUAUGGAAACCGAAAGAAAAACAAGGAGCUUGAAUUUAUUUGGCGUCCCAGCAAGUCGCGCGGCAAGGCAUCACAAAUCUUUACUGGAGAAAUUAUUGACCAUUACUGUCCGCCUGGAAAGUUUGAUUUUGGUAAAAACGAAAAUCAGAUUCAAGACGACGCUGAACUCCACGACUUUGACGUGUGUGAUGAGGUUGAGGCAUUUGUUAAGAAUGCCAAGAUGCGUGGAGAUGCGACCAAGGGCAAUCACGUUUUCAUUCCCAUGGGCUGUGACUUUCAAUUUGACAACUCGCGACGAUGGUAUAAAAACAUGGACAAGAUCCUCCACUACGUCAAUCAAGACGGACGCGUGAAUGUGCUGUACUCGAAUUUGUCGUACUACACAGACCUGAAGCGAGAGGAAGGAAUAACGUGGAGCGUAAAAACAGACGACUUCUUACCCUACGGAUCAGCUCGAGAUGACUACUGGUCGGGUUUUUACAGCAGUCGUCCGACGUUCAAGCGCUUUGCUCGAGUGGCAAAUACGCUGCUGCAGCAAGUUCGUCAGCUCGACGCAGUCUAUCAAAGUCACCACUCGAGUCCUUUGACUGCAUUGAAACGUGCUGUGGGUCUGGUACAGCAUCACGACGGUCUCUCUGGAACGGAGAAACAGACUGUCGCCGAUGAUUAUACACUGCGUUUAUAUGAUGGUAUUCUCCAGGCUGAGAAGGAACUGAACGAGUUAUUAUUUGUAAUUGGAGAAAAAGAGUCUUAUCGCUUUUGUCUGCUAGCCAACACGAGUGUAUGCAACAUAUCAACCCAAAAUACGAAUUUUGAAGUGCUAGUGCACAACGCUCUGGCACGAACGAGCGUGCAGACAAUAUCGAUCCCCAUCACGCGCAAGUCAGCGAUAGUGACGGUUCUGUCCGGUAAUGCCAACGUUCGUGACCAGAAUGUAUAUGUCGCGCUACCAGUGCACCCUGAGACGCAAGUGGCGCCGUACUCGCUUGUUUUUAGCACUGAGCUGAAGCCAUUGAGCACCACUAGAUUUUUAGUGAAGCAGAAAGACCUAGACAAUGAACGAGUCAGCGCGUACACUGACAAUUCGAGCAAUGAUGUGGUGGUGUUGGAGAAUAACUUAGUCCGAGCUGAGAUCAGCAAGGUCACGGGCUCAAUCACGAAACUCGCUAACAAGAGGGAGAAUAUUCAGAUUCCACUUUCAUUUGAUGUGGCGUACUACCAAGCAUACCAAGGCGACGGUGCAAAGUCUGGCGCAUAUGCAUUCCGUCCUGACUCGAAUAAGACGUAUCCCGUGACUGGUGAAAAAGUUGAUGAUGCCAGACAAGACACAUUGUCAUCUGUGACAAUGGUUGAGUUAAUCACUAGUGCCGCUACCAAUGUUGGCCGGACUAGCGUUCCCCGAGUGGCGUUCAAAAUUGGCAGCUGGGUCACGCUUGAGUACCGCGUGAAUGACGAUGAUGAGUUUCUGGAAAUCGAAUGGACUAUCGGACCUGUUCCCAUCGAUGACAACAAAGGCAAGGAAGUGAUCGUUCGCUUCGACGCCGGCAAUAGCAUCGCGUCAAAUGCGACGCUAUUCACAGACUCAAAUGGACUUGAGUUUAUGAAGCGUGUGCGCAACCACCGUGACACGUGGAAUUUGACUUUGCAUGACGAUGAAGAAGCGGUGUCGGCAAACUAUUUUCCAAUCACCUGUGGGGCUUACAUAAAGGAUGCAAAGGUCCAGUUGAACGUGGUAACGGACCGUGCGCAAGGAGCAGCGAGUUUAGUGGACGGCCAAGUUGAAGUGAUGGUGCACCGUCGUUUGCUAGCUGAUGAUAACAAAGGUGUGCACGAAAAUCUGAACGAGACUGAAUCUGUGUACGAUUCGGCCACGAAGCAGCAAAAGACAAAGGGUCUUGUGGCUCGCGGCAACUUUUAUAUAAACGUGGAUUCGGCUAAUGAAGGCAUGCGCAGCAUUCGCUCUAAAAUGGAAUCUCAGUUCUUCCGUCCGCUGUCGGUGUAUCGCAAAUCCGUUUCUUCAAAGAUAGAGGCGAAGGUUCCGUGGCUUACAGUUAGUGAAUUUCCAGCUAAUGUAGGUUUGACGACGUUGCAAGAGCUGACAAAGCAUUGUCUGCUGGUGCGUCUAUCACACUUAUAUGCUGUGGGUGAGCAUUUAGAAUUGUCGAAGCCAGUGACUGUGGACUUUUCGUCUUUGUUUUCAGUAAAAAAUUCAAAGGUAACGGAGGUGACGGAGCUCCUUCUAUCUGGGACGAAAGAGCUUUCUGUGAAGGGGCAAGCCGGCAAUCAAUGGAAGACGACAGACGAAACGUAUGGUUGGACUCCUACUUCGUUCCCAGUGGCUGGCAAGUCUGUGACACUACAAGCUAUUGAGGUGCGUGCAUUUCGCGUGUGCUUUGCAAAGGCGGCUGAAGCUGUUGUAGAAGAGAUAGGGGAAAGCUGGAAUGAAGUUGAUAGUUUGCUCGGUGCUGUAUUGUACGGUCAGACAGAGAUUAUUGCAACUGAGUAA